UCUUUAUUGCUGAUAGGAAAAGGUACAUGCUUGUGUUUGGCAAGCUCACACACCUCACAAUGAAGAUCUUCUAGAUUUAAAUUUUUAAACAAGGAAGGAAAUAUUAACUUUAUGACCCGAAAUGAAGGAUGUCCCAAACGACAACGAAACAAUUGGAUUUUUUCUUUGUUGGCCAUGGAAGAUUUAGAUAUUAGAGAUUGACUCUCAAUGGACAGACUCAAAUCUUCCAUGUAGUAAAGGUCAUUCCAUUCUCUAACAUGUCCUGUCGUUCUCCCUAACUUCUUGUCCUGCAAUAUACAAGAGUUGCUAUGAAAAACUACAUUACAUAAGAGGUCCUUGGUAGGUUUUUGUAUAGAUAUCAGAUUUGUGGAUAACUUAGGGACAUGAACAUUUUUUAGUAUUAUUGUUGGGGUUAUUUGGACAUCUCCUUGUCCAGCUGUAGUUAUGAGGCUUCCAUCAGCUUUAGAAAUUUUCUUGCUGUUGGGACAUGGGGAAUAUAUGGAGAAGUGUUUAGGGAAUGAUGUCAUAUGGUCUAUGGCUCCAAAGUCUAGUAUCCAAUAAUGGGUAAAUGAGGUAUUUGAGACAUUAAAUCCAUAAGAAAAUGGGAACUUACCAGAGUAUAUAAACGAACAUGUACCUGUGGGUUUUUCCAAUUUACUAAGAAAGGACCUUACUCUUUCUAACUUCUCAUGGUUGAGUUGUUCAGAUCCUUCUUGACUUUCAGGACCACCAACAACAUGAGUUUGCCCCCCUCUCCUUGGAAGGCCUCCUUUGUGUCCCCAAUCUUUGCUUUAAGGAAUGAAGUCUAUGAUGAAACUCUAGGGUUGGGCAGCAACGAAGGUUGCAAUGAAACUCUAGGGUUGGGCAAUGAUGAAGUUCAUGAUGGAACUCUAGGGUUGGGCAGCAAUGAAGGCUGUGAUGGAACUCUAGGGUUGGGCAGCAAUGAAGGCCGCAAUCAAAUCACGGGAGGGAACCUGCUGGUGGCUACUGCAUGUAAAUUCAGGUCUAGAAGCUUGGGUGGUGGUGGGGAAGAGAGUGGUUUUUGUAUAAAAGUCUCUGAACCCAGAGAUCCACUAGGUCCGACCAAUUUGUAAGGAACCAAGAAUCGAAAAGAGAGAAAAAAAAGUUUUGCGUGAAUAGAUUGAAAAGAACAAAAUUGGAGAGCACUCUCUCCUUCAAGGGCUUUCUUCACAGAGAGCUAAGGUUCAAUCUAUGAAAGUUCACCUCCUUUUCUCCUUUGCUCUCCUUCUUUUCUAUUUACAUCUAACUAACACCUCAAGUAACUAACUCAUUAAUAUUCUAACUAUCUUAACUAAUUUCUCUUCUACGUAUCUUACAAGAUCUGAUGGGUUUCGGAUUGUGAAACCCAAUCAAGAACCUCUCUCGAACUCUCACAGACAGAAAACAAGGGGAAAGAUAUGGAAAACUGUGUAUUAUUAACAGAAAGAAUGGUAUGUGUUUACACUCUACAGAGGCAUAACCCUCUUCCGCAGGUCAAAACCUGUUGUAACAAUGUACAAACAUCCACACCCCCCGACUAACGACCUUGGUAUUUAUACAAUAUUCAACUACACUUCCCACCCUUUCUAACUGUUUUAAUACAGUUAGGCUUACACUACUGAUUAUCAGGAAUAUUCUUCCUUCUCCUUUCAUAGACUCUCCAUGGCCUAUCAAGAUCACUCUCUCCUCCUAGGAUUUUCCCCUUCACAAAGGAUUUUGCCUUUGUCAAAGAGUCAAUGCUGAAUUUACGAUCACAAAAAUCGCCCUUUUCCUCCUAACCUUCUCUUCCUUUUUAUAUAUAACUACGUCUCUAGUUAACUAACUAACCCAUUGAUAUUGUAAUUAUCUUAACUAAUUUCUCCUUAUAUCCUACCAUUUUUGUGUAUCUAUAUGUAUGAUUAUUGAUUUGAUCUUUCAUUUUUUAUGUUAUUGCUAAAAAGAUUUUCUAAUUGCUACUUUAUAUCUUAAUUUCUUUUUUGUCCUCUUUUUUCCUCUAG